UGAGGGAGCAGGAGGGAUGGGGAGCGGCGCUGUGCAGAGGGGCAGGGCUGAGAGGCGGCCAGUGUUCUUUCCCUUGCUGCUGUCUUUGUUCAGCCCGGCGCUCUCGGAGCAGAUCCGCUACAGGAUCCCUGAGGAAAUGGCCAAGGGCUCGGUGGUGGGGAACCUGGCCAAGGACCUGGGCUUCAGCGUCCAGGAGUUACCGACUCGGAAGCUGCGCGUCAGUUCGGAGAAACCUUACUUCUCAGUGAGCGCAGAGAGCGGGGAGCUGCUUGUGAGCAGUAGGCUAGACAGGGAGCAGAUAUGUGGGAAGAGGCCUGCGUGUGUCCUGGAAUUUGAGGCUGUUGCUGAAGACCCGUUGAACUUUUAUCAUGUGAGUGUGGAGAUCGAGGACGUUAAUGACCACUCGCCAAAAUUCACGCAAACUUCCUUUGAGCUGCAAAUAAGCGAGUCUGCACAUCCAGGCACACGAUUUAUAUUAGAAGUAGCAGAAGAUGCAGAUAUUGCCUUAAAUGCGCUACAGAAUUAUAAGCUGUCUCCUAGUCCUAGUUUCUCACUGAUAAAUAAGGAGAAACAAGAUGGUAGCAAAUACCCAGAACUGGUAUUGGACAAAACCUUAGACCGGGAACAACAGAGUUACCAUCAUUUAGUCCUGACUGCCAUGGAUGGUGGAAAUCCACCCCUUAGUGGUACCACUGAGCUCCAAAUCCAUGUCACUGAUGCCAAUGAUAAUACCCCUGUAUUCAGCCAGGAAGUGUACAAAGUCAGUCUUCCAGAAAACACGGCCCCGGGCACCACUGUGCUGCAAGUGUCAGCCACUGACCAGGAUGAGGGCUUCAACUCAGAAAUCACUUACUCUUUUCACAGAACCGGGCAAGUCUUUAGUCUGAAUUCAAAGAGUGGAGAAAUUAUAUUACAAAAGACACUGGAUUUUGAAGACAUUAAGGAAUUUUCUCUAGUGGUGGAAGGACGGGAUGGUGGAGGGCUGGUUGCACAAUGUACAGUUGAUGUUAGUGUUCAAGAUGAAAAUGACAACAGCCCAGAAAUUACAUUCCAUUCUCUCCUGGAAAUGAUUCUGGAAAAUGCAGUACCGGGAACACUAAUUGCUUUGAUCAAAAUACAUGACCAAGAUUCUGGGGCAAAUGGGGAGGUAAAUUGUCAGCUAGAAGGUGAAGUUCCUUUUAAAAUAAUCUCUUCGUCCAAAAAUUCAUACAAGUUGGUAACAGACAGCAACUUGGACCGAGAGCUGACUCCGGAGUACAAUAUCACCAUCAUUGCCACAGACAGGGGCAAACCGCCCCUCUCCUCCAGCAAAAGCGUCACCUUUUACAUUGCUGACAUCAAUGACAAUGCUCCUGUUUUCAACCAGUUGUCCUACUUGGUAUAUGUAGCAGAGAACAACCCAUCUGGAGCGUCUAUCGCGCAAGUCAGUGCCUCUGACCCAGAUCUGGGACCCAACGGCCAGGUCUCCUACUCCAUCGUGGCCAGCGACCUGGAGCCUAGAGCGCUGCUGUCCUACGUGUCCGUGAGCCCGCAGAGCGGGGUGGUGUUCGCGCAGCGCGCCUUCGACCACGAGCAGCUGCGCGCCUUCGAGCUGACGCUGCAGGCCCGCGACCAGGGCUCGCCCGCGCUCAGCGCCAACGUGAUUCCCCAUAUAUUAUUUCUAGCUUUGUUUCCUCAAACUUCUACUAGUCUAAGGUCAGCAGAGCCCUCCUAA